GUGUAUGACGUGUACAUUUGGUCACAGUGUGGUCACAUGAAACAUAUCCCUUUGGAAAGCUAUUCUUUUUGAUCUAGAAGCUAUAUACACAAGUUGUUUUUACAUUUAAAACAUCUAGCCAGUUGACUGACUGAGAUUAAACAUGGACGAAGACGGACUACCUAUUGUGGGAUCUGGAAUCGAUUUGACCAAGGUCCCAGCAAUUCAGCAGAGGAGAGUCGUUGCCUAUCUCAACCAGUUUAUUGUCCACACAGUCCGAUUCCUCAAUCGCUUUUCGGUUGUUUGUGAAGAGAAACUUGCCAACAUAUCACUUCGGAUACAGCAGAUCGAAACAACCCUCAGUAUUUUGGAAGCAAAGCUAUCCUCUAUCCCUGGUUUGGAAGAUGUCAGAGUGGAUGGGGUUGGUCAACAGCAAACGACAGAGGCCAAUGGUCUAGUACCUGUUCUAAAUGAAGUUCAGAUACCUUCAUCUCUACCGGUAGUACCAGCAGAGACAUCUCAGAUUGUCCCCGAACCUGCUCAGGAACAGAAAGGUGAAUUGGCAGAGAAUGUAGUCACUGUGGCCAAGGACGAACGGUAUGCCCGUUAUCUGAAAAUGGUACAAGUGGGUGUCCCAGUUAUGGCAAUAAAGAACAAGAUGGUUUUGGAAGGACUGGAUCCCAACCUUCUCGACACACCAGAUGCACCUGUGCCUGACAGUGGUAAGAAAAACACAACGGAGGCAGAUGAUGAUAGCUCUGGCAGCGAAUCAUCUUUCAGCGACUGAUCUCUCCAUAUCGCCAUGACACUCCUCUAUGGACCGCCCCUCCCUGGUCAUUAAUGAUCCAGGACUUUGCACUGUGCUGUGCAUGCAUGGCAGGAUGUCUGUGUUCCUAACUGGAAGGACUGCAGAAAGGAAUGUCCAGUCCCAUCAGAGUUUCAUGACUGAAUCAUUUGAAGGAAAGUUUGAGACGCACAAAAAAGCAGAUUAUUAAGUAGCUGCAUCAGCAAAGAGUGAGUGAGUGAGAUUUUCAAAUGAUAAAGUUCCAAUGUUCAGGUAUCUGGGUAGUGGAGUUUUUAUCGACAGGAAUCUUAUAGUGAGACAAAACAGAAUCACAUAGUUAUCAUUUAGCAUUUUUCUUUAAUAUGCAUUGGGCAAAUGUGCCUGCUUAUAAAAACAUUCCAAUCCCUAUACAAUAAGUUGUUUAACAGCCACAUACAUUGAUUGUUUUGUAUUGUGUCUGUACUGAAUGUUUUUGUGUGUUUGUGUAAGAGAGAAUCAAGCCUGUGUUAAUAUUUUGAAAAUGGUACUGUCUUACACUACCACUGCUACUGUAUGAGGAAUUUCAUGUUAAACAGUAGGCGACUAAUGUUAUCCAGUGAGACACUGAAAUGUAUAACUUAUUGUGUCUUGGCUGUCAAGAAUACUUUAACAUGGUUGCACUGUUGGGUAAAUGUAUCAAACUAUACACCACUAUUUGCAAAGUGAAUCAAUGAUAUUGUAAAGGUUACAUAAACAUAUUUAAUUGAAAUAAUGAUCUAACCUUGUGUGACCAGAUAUGCUUAGCAAGCCUUGGAUCUUUAGUUACAUUGGCAGACCUGAUAUGUGGUCAAGUGUCAAGACAAAAAAUAAUGUAAUGUAAAUGAAAGCAUCAGCAAAUGUGUAUGGAUGGCCACAGCUGAAUGGGUUUGAUAUGAUUAUGAGUGUCUUAAGGCAGUCAGAAAAACUGGAAAGCACUUUGUUUACAAAUGUAGGCCCAUUGACAUUAC